UAGGACUAACCGGGGAAACAUAGGGGGGAACAGACUUCGACAUUGCGGAUAUUGAGUUUUUCAUCUGCGCAAACAACUCAGCAGUGUGAAAGGUCGUAAGCUGUUCAAGAUGGCGACUGUUAGAAGUUCACUCUCUCUUUCCUGCAUAGGAACCCCAUGCUGAGACCACAGGGCAUCAGUUUACACUGUGACAAAGGCACCAGUCUUGUCCACUGUCCUGCACAGCUAUGGCCAAAGACCAGCCAAAUGUGUUCGACCUCCUUCCUCUUCUGGGGUCCACUGACUUGCAGGAGCUGGAGCAGAUCAAAAACCUGCUGCAGGAGACCCUCCGCACAGAUAAAGGGACCAUGUUGCUGAAUAGCCUUGUGGACUACUACCUGGAGACAAACUCAUCUCAAGCUAUGGACAUCCUGUCUUCUGUCAGGGAGCCCCAUGAUAAGUAUCUUUUAGAUAAGAUGAAUGAAUGCAUGGGCAAGCAGAGCUGCCGACUUUCUACCAUCACUCUCCUUGGCCAUGUUGUUCGCAAGCAGCCGCCAUGGAUCCAUAAGAUUGCACGCUUCCCUCUGUUUGCCUUGCUGCUCAAAUGCCUCAAGAAUGACUCGGAUAUAGUAGUUCUCGUUACUGGUGUUCUGGUGUUGAUCACUCUCCUGCCCAUGAUUCCUCAGACCAACAAACAUCUUCUUUGUGAAUUCUUUGACAUCUUUGGACGGCUUGCUGCUUGGAACCAAAGGCACCCAGGUCAUGCUCAAGGAGUGUACGCGAUCCAUCUUCAUGCCAGUGUGUACUCGCUCUUUCACCGGCUCUACGGCAUGUACCCCUGCAACUUUGUUUCUUACCUGCGUGCCCACUACAGCAUGAAGGAAAAUGUUGACACCUUCGAGGAAGUGGUUAAGCCAAUGUUAGAACAUGUACGGAUUCAUCCUGAACUCAUCACUGGAACCAAAGACUACGAGGUUGAUCCUAUUAGAUGGAAGCGAUUUGAGCCCCAUGACAUUGUGAUUGAAUGUGCCAAAGUUUCUCUGGAUCCCAAGGAGGCAUCAUGUGAAGAGGGCUACUCUUCUCUGUCUGAUCACAUGCCACGGUGCCCUGUAGACCAUAGCCGGUCAUCCUCGGAGCUCAGUAUCCAUGAAAUCACCUCUGUCACACCAAUGGCCACUGUUCGCCAGUCUCUCUCUUUGUCACUACCUUAUCUCACUGUAAGCCAGGACUCAGGUUCCAGCACACAGACACCCACCCAUCAAAGUGAUGAGAUGAACUCCUCAAGGAUAAAGGAGGAGAUGUGGAGUCCUUCCUCAGUUUGUGGGAUGAGCACCCCUCCCAGCUCUAGAGGAAUGUCCCCCACUACUGGUUCUGAAGUCUCACACAGUGCCUCCCACCUCAACACUCCAGUGGAUGGAAAAAGGACUCUAUCUCCCUCUACCCCCACAGGGUCAUCUCCUUUCCCAUCACUCUCAGAGGAACUAGGGCAGCCUGCCCAAAACACCAGCAGUACUCAGGCUAAGGUGAAUCAGACGGGUCAAGAGCAGAAAAAAGUCAUGCCCAGAAGUGUUAACAACAAUGGAGGCGCUGUUGAUGCAAAGAGUUCAGUGUCAUUGGCGCAGCUCUCUGACCUUGUCAGGAGGACAGACAGGGAGAGAGAGGAUGAUGCCAUCACGCAGGAGAUUUUGAGCUUGACCCAUGGGAGACUGGACUUCGGAACAAAGCCAGGCCUGGAUUCCUCUUUUUCCAGCUCCUCAGACACCCUCCUUUCGUCUCACCUCAGCAAAGAACAGAAUUUGGUCUCCACACCAAACAGGAGUGAAAGCUCUGCCAAAGGAAGAGACCAGCAACCUCCAUGGUGCCUCUGGCCUGCUUUCACCCCCAUAGAGAACGGAAAGGGCAGCCUGAAUUCCCUGUCUGAUCUGGCGAAGGAAUCCAUGAUUUACGAGCCGCUGUUUGACCUUGCGUUGCCUAAGGUGGCUUUUCUUUUUUUGGAGAGGAGGACCACGGAGGCCUUGCGGAGGGCUGCAGGAGAGAGGGAGCACCGAGAGGAGCUGGAGGGGGAGGAUCUUUCUGCUACUUCCCCUCUGGAGGUGUUGGACCGUGUUAUUCAGCAGGGCUACAAAACCCAUGCGAAAGUGCUGAAGAGAACUCUGUCUUCUCAAAGCCAAUCAGCAGACCCACACUCUGGAGGUAAACACCAUAGCAAUAAAGGAAAAGGUUCUGUGUCUCCAGCAUCAGAUGAGCUGGGGAUAUUGCGUAGUCAGCUGCUGUUGCUGCAUAACCAGCUUCUGUAUGAAAGACAUAAGAGAGAACAGCAUGCGCUUCGGAACCGUCGUCUGUUUGGCCGUAUUGUCAACGCUACUGCAUUGGAAGAGCAGAACAACUCCAUGAAAACCCAACUGAAGCUUCAGGAUAUUGAGAUGCAGACUAUGAAGGUAAGUCUGCAGGAGGAGCAGCGGCGCUUCAAGUGUCUACAAGACGACAGAGAGGCUCUAGAGAACCAACUGCAGACUCAAAUCCAACAACUGCAGCAGGAGCGGAAUGACUAUUACUCCAAGAUGCAGGAGCUGCAGAGUGAUUUGAAUGAGAAUCGGAAGAAGGUAGGAGAAAUGGAGGCAGAGCUACAGAGAGCCAAUAACAAAGUGUGUAAUACAGGACACCUGCUCAGCCAGAUGUCUAUCAAGCUCGACAAUAGUGAAAGUAUGGAGCAGCAGAUGGCUUUUCUGAACAAACAACUACUGCUUUUAGGUGAAGCCAACAAGUUUUGUGUGGAGGAAAUCGAACGUUUAGGACCUGAGGCAAGCAAGGAGCUUAAAAUGCUGCAAGUGUCUUCACUGCGGGAGGUGGAGCGUUUGAGGCAGAGCUCUCUCCAGCAGAGCCAGAGACUCGAGGCAGCCCAACAGCGCAUCACAGACCUGGAGAUGCAACUCACCAAGAAAGAGCAAGUCAUCCUAGAGCAGAAGAAACUGCUGGAGAAUGUCAAAAGCCAAGCCAUGGAGCAGCUGCAGGCUUCAGAGAACAGGUAUUUUGCCCAGAAGCACAUCACACGGGCAUUACAAUCCGAGCUGCUUGAACUCUAUAGCAAGAUAGAGCUCAAAAAUCUGAACACCAAUUCACCAGCUGAGCUCCCUUCUGAGGCUGGCUGUCCCACCAACCAGAGGCCAAAUGGCAACAGCACUGGCCCAUCUGUUCCAUCUCUGUCAGCUGAUCCAAUGAAAAGAGAGGAAGGCACACACAUGUGUGUCAAUGGGGAUGUUUCUGCAGGGACUCCUCAAACACCCACUGCUGCAUUCAUUAAUGGCAGUCAGGAAGAAAAUCUUUCCGCCCUCACCCAUUCAUUAUCCUCCCUCCCCUGCAACUCUCCGCUGGCUGUUGGCUCUUACCCCAGUACCAGAAGCUUCUUGGGCAAGCGAGCGAGAGAGCUAUUCCGCAAUAAAAGCGAUAGUCACUAUGAGGUAGAGCCAGCGGCACUCCCCAGCCUCUCCCCAGAUCAUAAGGUUGAGCCCGGGACAGAACCCUCAGAGAACAAGCAGCUUGAAGGGGCCACUGACCAGGCUGACCUGCAGCCCAUGGACAGACCCCAGGCAUAUAAUAUUCAGCAGAGGAGGCAGCAGGAUCUGCGGAUUAUGGACUACAAUGAGACCCACCAUGAGCAUUGAUUGUAUAUUUCUGAUUAUGUACAAUUAGAAGAGGAUAUUUUGGACCCAGUAUUAGACUGCACUACUCUUUUUGUUAGAGUGGUUUGCAAAGUUUUAGUUCAUUUUAAAAGCUCUGUUUUACAACGGAACAACCAUAAACAAAUUGUCAUAUGACAGGGCUGAAAUAAUCCAGCCGCAACAAUUGCAAGAGAAAUCGAACAUCUUGUCAUCACAAAAUGGUUCACACAUCUCCGGUCUAAUUCUAUCAAGUUAAGUAUGAAUUAAUUGUAAUUUAGUUUAUUUUUAUUAUCACCGUUCAGCAAGCAGCUGCAGUGACUCUAUUGUGUGGUGGUUGGAUUAUACUCAGUCCUCACUGUACUUUACAGAAAAUGUAUUGCCUUAAUCACUGUAUUUGCUCUUGUAAUUGUCCCAUUCAUGUGUUUGUUUGUUUUUUUAAUCCUGAAUUCAUCCAAGCAAAACUGUCCCUUUUAGUCACACUGCAAGAUGUGUCUCAGAAAUUGCACAAUACUGAGUGUGAUCAUUACAUCACUUCCCUCAUGGAGCACUGUUAAAUAGUUCAUGCCGCAGAGAAAUCAAUCAGUCUGAUAAAAAUGUGAAAAAAGAAGCAAUGUGGGAUAGGUAAAGUAGAAUAAGAGAUCACGUUUCAUUGCUAAGGCUAGCUAUGUGUGUAUACUCCAUAGCAAUGCUUUGCGUGCUUUGCCUAAAGAGAAAAUGAGAAAGCUAGUGUUGUGUUGUAGCUCUAGUGAUAUAUUUUAUUUUUAUGCAUUAACGUUCUUUGCUGGGAUUGGAGAGCCCAGUCACCAGUGCAAUAAUUCUUAGCAUAAAACUUCAUGCCUGCUCAUGGGAGAAAAAAAAACAUAUUUUUGCUGCUUUGCAGGACCGUCAGAGCCUUACAGAACACAGGCUACGCUGCUGUAGGUUUCAUGUAGUGCGUUUGUCCUCGUAAAUCGAGAAAUUGGAAAAUCAUUGUAGCUUAAAGGAAUAGUUCACCCCAAAAUGAAAAUUCUCUCAUCAUUUACCCACCCUCAUGCCAUUCUAGAUGUGUAUGACUUUCUUUCUUCUACAGAACACAAAUGAAGAUUUUUUGAAGAAUAGCUCUUUUGGCCCAUAAAAUAAAAGUGAAUGGGUGCCAAAAUUUUGAAGCUCAAAAAAAAAAUCACAUAAAUCUGCAUAAAAGUAAUCCAUAAGACUCUAGUGGUUAAAUAAAUGUCUUCAGAAGAGAUAUGGUAGGUGUGGGUAAGAAACAGAUCACUUUUACAUUCUUCUUGUGUUUUAGGUGAUUCACAUUCUUCAUGCAUACCGCCCCCCCACUGGGCAGGGAGAAGAAUUUCUAGCAAAAAAUGACUGAUCUGUUUCUUAGCCCACACCUCAUAUCACUUCUAAAGAUGUGGAUUAAAACACUGAAGUCAUAUGGAUUACUUUUAUGAUGCCUUUAUGUCCUUUUUGAGCACCAAAAGUUUGGCACCCAUUCACUUGUAUCAUAUGGACCUACAGAGCAGAGAUGUUCUUCUAAAAAUCUUCAUUUGUGUUCUGCAGAAGAAUGAAAAUCAUACACAUCUAGGAUAGCAUGAGGGUGAGUAAACGAUGAGAGAAUUUUCAUUUUUGGGUGAACUAUCCCUUUAAGAUGUAUUUGAUGGGCAAAUGCAUAUAGUGUACACAAUACGACCAAUGCAAUACUUUGACACACUAAACUUGGAAAAGAAGCUGCUCGUUAUAAGCCUGUUCUCCAAAAGGCUUUUUUUCCUCUGCUAUUUUCUUUUAUUUCUGUCUUACACAGGUCAGACCCCAUCUACAAAAGAAAAAUGCUUUAUAAUGGGCUGCAAAUGCCUGAAGUAAAAGCACAUUUUUUUUUUUUUUAAUUCAGGGCCUAAGAUUGCUGAACCCUAGCUGAGAAAUAGACUUGUCUCUUUUUAAGAACAUGCCCUUUGGUGUUGUUUUCAGUGUGAGAUGAAGUAUGUGAAGCACUGCUGCAAAGAGUUCUGGCUUCAGCCUCAGAGUUUACAAUGAAAAUAGAAAUAAAUGGAAAUCACUGCUGUUUUACUUUCUAUUCAGACUAUCCUUAUCACAGUUCACCAUUUCUGUUUCACUCAAACAUAACUUUCCCUUUUUAUACCAAAAGCCCUCUCAAAACAUUUUGUUCUCACAAAAUGCCUUAUUAAAAAGUAGGAAGCCUGUCCCUCACCUGAAGCCAUUUGUCAAUAGUUUUUUGAACUAUGGUACAAUCAGACAAUGACUGGUGUUACAGGUAACAAGGGGCUUUCUGUUCAGAAGUACUAUUUUGAAUUCAAGAAACAGAUGUGUUCUCCUACUUUUUAAGCUAUGAUCAACAGAAAUAAAAUAUAUGUUUUGCAAA